AAACAUAUUUAAAGGGCCGCAUAAUCAUAUUUGACCAAGGCGAACAACGUCGGUCCAACAACUAAUCCCUUCUUCACCUACUACUACUAUCUGACUGUAUCGGAGCGCUGGAGACUUGAAAAAAUGGCGGAGAAAGAUGCGACGGCGAGUGGCGGUGACGCCAUUAGAGUUAGUGGUAUGCAGUUCGCAUACGAAGUUGAGGAUCCUAUAUUCUUCGACUUCAACCUCGAUCUUCCAGUUGGCUCUCGCUGCCUUCUCGUUGGUGCUAAUGGAUCUGGCAAGACAACCUUACUGAAGAUUUUGGCUGGAAAACAUAUGGUGGGAGGAAAAAACGUUGUACAAGUUCUUAGCCGCUCAGCUUUCCAUGAUACUCAACUUGUUUGUAGUGGUGACUUGUCUUACCUUGGAGGAUCAUGGAGUAAAACCGUUGGUUCAGCUGGUGAAGUUCCUCUCCAAGGAGACUUUUCAGCAGAACAUAUGAUAUUUGGAGUUGAAGGAAUUGAUCCCGUACGAAGAGAAAAAUUAAUCGAUCUUCUUGAUAUUAAUCUUCAAUGGCGUAUGCAUAAGGUUUCUGAUGGGCAGAAACGGCGAGUGCAGAUAUGCAUGGGACUCUUACAUCCAUUCAAGGUAUUAUUACUCGAUGAGGUCACUGUGGACCUAGACGUCGUUGCAAGGAUGGAUUUACUGGAAUUCUUCAUUGAAGAAUGUGAUCAGAGAGGAGCUACAAUUGUAUAUGCAACUCACAUAUUCGACGGGCUAGAGACAUGGGCGACACAUUUGGCCUAUAUUCAGGACGGUGAGCUAAAUCGUUUAUCAAAAAUGACAGAUAUUGACGAGCUGAAAACUUCACCCAACCUCCUCUCCGUGGUAGAAUCUUGGCUUCGUUCUGAAAUCAAACUCGUGAAGAAGAAGAAGAUAAAGCCUGUGGCAGCAUGGAAACCAUCUCCAUUCGAUAACUCUCCUUUCAGGUCAUCAAGACACAUGGCUUAUUACUGAUGAUUGCUGCUAAUUUACCACUGAGUCUGAGGUUAUCGAUACACUUGGGAACAGUUGAUAUUUUGUGUUUGUCUAGCUACUAUGUACUCUCUUGUGUUCAUUAAAGUAUAUAAUGUAUACAACAAUUGAACAAAACGUACGUGUUGCUUUGACACCUAUGUAUUUCCAUCUUUGAAUUUGUUUGUUUUGUAUUAAAUUUUGAUUUUUGGACAUC